UUUUUAAAAUAACAUGGUUAUUUCAAUAAUUAUUACAUCGUGUGAUAGAAGGAAAAAGGUGAUCAUGGAAAAUAAAUAAGUAUUUAAAUAAACUAGUACUUAAAUUGAUCAAGGUAGGUAUUGUAGGCAAAUUCUUUAUUGCAUUUUUAGUGAUAAUAAAUCAAAUUUUAAAUCAAGGAUUUUUUUUGUUUUCCUUCCCAGUGAUAAGUCUAAAGCCUUUAUUUUGUAGCGAGCAUCAGCUAUUUCCUGUUACAUUCUUGUAGGAUUGACAUAUGCGAGUAACCCAUGUGGGUCCUCUUACGAAGCUUCUGAAACAUUAAUCCAAACUGCUAAAGAAACUGGCAAACAUUUGUUCUUGGAUUAAAAGCAGCACUCUAUCUUAAGAUGCUGCUGCUGCUGCCUUGGAGCGGUAGAUCGCGGUUGACAUUUUCCAGAUUGAGCUGUCAUGUUUCAUCGUACCAUGUCACAGCCAUACUACAGCACGCAGGAGACGGUAGCUGCACACCUGUGGAGAAAAGACGACACAAGUCCAACUCUGGGUCUAAUAACUGGAAGGGACACGAGAGGUCUGUCCAGAGUAGGAAAGAGGGAACAAAGAAGGAUACUGACCGCAGAGUAUCAUCUGAGCUCAGGAAGUUGUGUCUGGAGGACUUCAGUACAGAAAGAGAGAGAAUGCUAAGGUCGGCACUGGAACAGGAAGCAGGCGACUUUGAGGUUGUAUUUGGCAUCUCACCCUGUCUCUUGGCGUUGAGUCAGGGAAGAAGAAAGGUCAGAAAACUGUUUGUAAAGGAUGGAGAUUCUUCUCUCAGAGCCUCUUUGCUGAAGGUGUGUGAGGAGGCAUUUCGUCAAGGAGUACAAAUCCAGCGCGUUAGCAAGACCAGGCUGGACAGGAUGACUUCUGGACGGGUUCAUCAAGGAGUCUGUCUGCAGGCUAGCCCUCUCGACUACCUCACUGAUGACCUAGACUCUAAACUGGAAAGGAAAGACAAUCCUCUGUGGCUGGUCUUGGACAGAAUCCAGGAUCCAAUGAAUCUUGGUGCCAUUCUGCGAACUUCUUUCUUUCUUGGCGUGGACAGAGUUGUCAGCAGCCUUCGAGACAGUUGUCCACUGUCGCCAGUAGUCAGCAAGGCCAGCUCAGGUGUCAUGGAGGUGUUUGGAGUGUAUGGUUGCAAAAACCUUGAAGACAUGUUAAAGUCAAAGGUGGUACAGGGAUGGCAGGUGGUUGGCACAGUAGCAGCUGAUGCAGACAGAUGUCAGGCUCCUGUCAUACAGUGUUCACACUUCCAGAUGACCAAGCCUACAUUGUUGCUUAUGGGAGGCUAGGGACUAUGUGCCAGGUCUUUGACGGCAAUCUGGGAUUAAAUCUGUGGUGCAGUGGCAGAAAGGCAUGCAGGUGGAUUCAAACCAUAUCCUGUAAGUGGAAAUCCAACUCCCCAAUGCUGCCAAGUAAGCCAUGGUGCGCCAUCUAAAGUGUCUAUAUUCUAUUUCUUCUCUCUUCUCUGCCACAUUUUGUUUCACAAAAACAUUUUCAUUAACGUUAGUAGAUUGUUGUAUAAAACUGAGUUAUGUAUGUUUUCCUAUACAUGACCAAGUGAAUAAUUUAAUUACUUCACAACCUUUUCUGUUCCAUGCAAUUAUCAAAUUAUCAAAACAAGUGCUUAAAAAAUAACCUGUUUUAUUAGAAUUAAUAAAAAGGGUUAAAAACAUGUUUUUGACAUACUACACUGACUUAUUUAUAUUGUCACUUUGUUUUAACGUCAGUUUAAAGUACAUUAAAGUUUUAAGUCCAAUAAUAGCAAAUCCUCAAACAAGUUAAAUUACAUUUACCUUGACUAAUCAUAAUCAAUUGCAAACAUGAUUAAUUCAUUUAUUUAACUUUUUAAUUGAGUGACAGACAAUAUAUGUACAUGUGAAGGAACAAUACCAGCUAUGAAAGUAAAUGUUACACAACAUGAGUAGAUCUUGGUCAUUUCUAUUUUGUAAAAGUAGCUCUCAGAGGAAAAAAGGUUAGUCCCUGCCACAGAUGUUCCUCAAGGGUCAGAAAACAACAACUAUGCAGUUUGUGUUAAUUAAUUUUAUAUUUGUUGUAAGGAUUACAGUGACCCUUUCCUUGUUGCUCAGUUACCCACUUAAUCACCCAUGAGACUUUUCUCCACAUAUGGGCAACACAAAUCUAGCCUCCACUACAGCUUUAUGUGGACCUUGAUGCCCUCAAGGAGACUAAAAUAUUUUUUUAAAUGUCAUCGUGGGAUGUUUCCUUUCCCACAGAUACAUUUUAUGAUUUUAAAAAAGACAUUACAUGUAUUAUUAUCAUGUCUGCCAUUGUUUUUAUUAUUGUUUGUUACUUAUUUUUAACAUAUAUAUGAUAUGAUUAUUGAAAUGUUUAAGUUGGAACCAAAAUUGCAUAAUUUAAUUACCGUGCCAUAAAAUAAUGAAUGAAAAUCAUGUGACACAUUAAGAAUACAUUUAUGGAUUUCCAUGAUGCAGACAUGACAGUUUGGUUUUUCUAUGCACGAUUUAACACAGAGAAACACCAGCUGUUGUCAAAUGACUUGAUUAUUGGAGGAGAUUAUAGCUGAAAUCUUUAACGUCAAAUGAUUUUGUUAUCUGUGCGUCUUAUGUGUGAUUUACUUUUAAUAAGCAGAAAGAUUUUUCUUGUGAAAAUAAGGAGGCCUAAGUAAAAUAGCCUUUAAAGCACGCAGUAUAUAUCCUUUAGAUUGAAUUGUUAAUUGUAGGGAGAAUAACACAGUGACUAUGAAACUCCACAUUUGAAUUUUUGUAGUGAAUUUGCAUUAUUUCUGGUCUCUAUUGACCUCGGGAUAUGUAUUAACUGUCAUCUUAUUUGAGCUGCUUGAAUGUCACACACAAUAUACGCAGCCUGUGUACCUAAACCUGUUUAUAGUUAAUCAUCUUUCCAUGUUGCUAGUUUUAAUAGUCAAACUAAUUGUCGAUGUGACGUAAACGCAUUUCUCCAUUUCCACACGGGGGCAGCGUCCACAAGCAUCGCUGCCAGUGAGUCAGUUUGAAGGGUGAGGAAGAAGAGCAGCGCACACAAUGCACUGCACGGCUGACAAGGGUUGUGUCUCACCGAUUUUCACCAUAAAUUUUCAAUUCGGUGGAAACUUGUGAAGGGACAGCUGCGGGUCCGAUCGCUUCCUCUCUACAACUAUUGUCCACCAGGAUUUGCCCCAAACGUGGCUUCGUUGUUACAACACCGCGACGAGUGGUCGAACUUCUCCCAAACAGUGGAUUUACAGAGAGAGGGCUGCAGGAAGGAGCAGCCUGGCCCGACGGGGGCUUGGUCGACACCCUCGUUUAUGGAAAUCCACACCGAGGCAUUUACGUUUGGGCCUUAUUUUUUCUUUCCAGAUGGAAAACGGGACAUGUUUGGUUGUUAGUGGAGAUGCACAAUAUUGCAGCACAUGUCCAAUAGCUCGGUAAAAAUCGUUUAAUCGGCUAUUCGUUUCUGGGAAAACAGAUUGUUGUUUAGCCGACCAACAGUGGUUAGCCUGUGUGCUAACGUUACGUCUUUCUUUUGAUGUGAUGCGAAUUCAACCAUUACAUACGGCUAUUGAAGCUUCGACAGCAAACAUUACUACUAAACAAAUACAUAACGGAAAGCUGUACGUCGUAGCGACCGUCUUGUCACUUUUACAAGGCGCAUGAAAAAUAGAAUUGUAUUCUUGUAUUGCGGGCUGCAUAAAUGGUUAUGUAUCAAGCUAGCCGUGUGUGCAAAGGGCUACGGUGCCUGUGAUCAACACGGAGCUAGUUAGCAUUUUGCAGGUAAACUCAACCUAACAGCUGAUUUUAUUCAAUUUAUUAGUUUGUGGAAACAACCCACGAUAAUUUAACAAGAUAUACUGGCACAACAUUUGCGUUAAUCCGAACACCUCUCACAAUAGCCUCGCUGUUUUAGCCUACCAUUUUCUCUAUUAAAUUGGUCAGCGUGUGUGAAAAUAGGAAAUCCUAUAUUUGCGUUGAACAAAUGUAAAUUUAUUUGUGAAUAAAGCCAGCUUACAUUCCGAGUAUCUUAUCAGUAAAACA